AUGGCACCAGAGAAAACCGUUGGGCCGUCUACAGUUUUGUCUUUUGCUGGCAUUGAACUUGAUACUGUUGCAUCAGAAGCUCGUUUACCUCUGGACAAAGUCCAUGACUGUUCCAACCUCAUUUUUGAGUUUCUUCAUAAGAAAAAGGCUACCUUGCAUGACCUUCAGUUCCUGAUUGGUAAGUUGAACUUUGCCUGUAAAGUUGUGGUUCCUGGUCGGGCCUUCCUACGGCGGCUUAUUGAUCUCACAGUUGGUGUAAAGCACCCUAAGCAUCUCAUUCGGCUUUCUAGAGGGGUGAAGGCGGACUUGGAAGUAUGGUACCAAUUUUUACAGCAUAACAACGGUAGUUCAAUUUUCCUUGAUGAAGUGUGGGAGGACAGUUUUUCCUUGCAGCUUCACACUGACUCAUYUGGGGCUUUGGGUUUUGGGGCAAUCUUUGGUCGGCAUUGGUGUUAUGGGCAAUGGCCCAGGGAGUGGCAGUAUAAAAACAUAGCUACAUUGGAAUUUUAUCCAAUGAAGGGAGUCCUUAGCCUUCUCUUGUGGGGUAAAGCUAUGCGCAACAAGCGUAUCACAAUUUUCACAGAUAAUGCUGCUUUAGUUUAUGUCAUUAAUAAGUGCACCUGCAAGGAUAAAUCCCUGAUGGUGUUUGUCAGGAAAAUGGUAUUAGUUUGUCUUGAAAACAACAUACUUUUUAARGCGAAACACAUUCCAGGGAUUUAG